UCAUUGGCCUAUCCAUUAUAACAGCUGCAUAUAUGGUCAAUGUAGCAUGGUAUUUAAGUGAACGGCAUCCUACUUUAACAACACUAGAAACUGAUCACUAUCCAAUAUGGAAUAUACCUUUCCCUGCGAUUACCAUAUGCAACACCAAUCAAGUGCUUCGUUCCAGGGCUCUGGAACUGUCAAAAAAAAUGGUAUUACCGAAAAACGUGACACAUCAACAGAUUUUCAAAAACUUGCAGAUAGUAACACAACUGUUAAACCCAAAUAUUUAUGAGCAGAGAGAUGAUUUGAUUAACUUACAGGAGACAAUUGAUGCAAAUAAUAUUUCAGUCAGAAUGUUAACCAAAUACCUAGCUCCACAGUGCAAGCAACUCAUUGCUAACUGCACAUGGAAGGGACGCUUUGUACAUAAUUGCUAUAAGAUGUUCCAAGAUAUAACAACUACUGAAGGGCGUUGCUGUGCAUUCAACUACAAUGGAUAUCUGGAAGAAGUUAUGAACCAACAACAAAGUGUACCUGUAACUGGAAACAUAGAUGAAGUACAAAGGACAAGUACUUGUGGCUUUCAAAUGGGACUAUCUCUUCUUCUGGACAACCAGCCACAUGAAUACCAUUCAACAGUUCUUGCUUCAAAAGGAGUGAAGAUUUUCAUCCACAAUCCUGCUGCAUAUCCCAGUGGAGCAGCUGCGGAAGUUGUAAUAUCAGUUGGAAUGCAAGUAUUUGCUGGUAUUUCAGCAAUUCAGACAUAUGCUACAGAUUCUGUGAGAGAUAUGCCAAGCAAAGUUCGCAGCUGUCAAUUUGAAGAUGAAGGAUUUUCAAAGGUGAUGAAAAUGUACACCUACCACAAUUGUUUCACAGAAUGUCAAAAGAAUAAGUCAGUUGCAUUGUGUGGAUGCCAUUCAUAUCAUUAUCCAACUACAGGUACUAGAAGAACAUGCAAUUUCUUGGAUAUUCCAUGCUUGUCAAAAAACAGAAAGGUACUUCAAGCCAUUCACAGGGGAAAAUAUGACAAAACAAUAAAAUAUGACAUUGAAUAUAAUGAUAAACCAUGCAACUGUUUGCCAGAUUGCUCAAGUCUCAUUUAUACUGUUGAGACCACAGCCAAUACUAUUUCAACAAACAGUUUACUUUCUUCAAAUUUACUCCUUGGAAAUUUGAGUCCUGAAAGGCACAGUGUCAUCCACAUAUUCUUCAUAGAUCUUACAAUUAAUGAAUAUCGAACAGAUAUCUUCCUUGAAUGGCAGGCUUUUGUGGCUACUGUGGGUGGAAUACUUGGCCUUAUGCUGGGAUUUAGCCUGAUUAAUGGUUUUGAGAUAGUUUACUUUUUCACACUGCGCAUUUUCUUUCAUUUAACUUCGCAACGCAAAUCUAACAAGAAGCCAACACAAGCAGCUGAAAAGUGCCUUACAUAUAAACAUCACAAACAGAACCAGCGUACCACGCAGAUUACAUCACUUUCUUGAGUGCUGCCUACUACUGACCAAAUUUUUAGAAAUAUCUUAGUUUUAAGUACA